AUUAGACCAAAUAAUAGUCCAUCAGAAGAUGAAGCAGGAUUCGCGUCAUUACGUGCAAAUUUUCGAUGGGAUUGUGAAUUAGCAAUGGCAGAUAUUCUCCUUUUCCAUGCAAUUUUACAAGUUGUUGGAGGAAGUGAAAUUAAAGGGGCAUUUAACUUACGUAAAGCAUGGAAAACUUAUUCAAAAGUUCGUGACGAAAUUGAUCGAAUUAAACGUGAUGCGGGAAAAAAUGAUCAUAAGCAUGAAUUAAGUAGUUCAAGUAAUAGGUGGAGUCUUGGAAGUGCAAUAUUAGGAAGAGGAAGUAUAAGUAAUAUGGUUGGUUUUGGUGGGAAUAAGAAUCAAGAUGGAUCAAGCGCUACGCUUGAUGGGAUUAAUAAUAAUGUAGAAAUAUACUCUGAUAUUGAAGAUUGUUUGGAAUUCGGAAUUGGAGUCUUUUAUUUUAUCUUGUCAAUUGUUCCCGGUUCAUUUCAAUCAAUAUUAAAAGCGAUUGGAUUUAAUGCAGAACGUGAUGAAGGUAUCCAAAUGUUAGAAAAUUGUUAUCUUCGUGAUGGUGUUAGAGCACCUUCCGCGGCGUUUUUCCUUCUCGUAAAUUAUUUAUUCCUCUCGCGUGGACUUGCUGAUCCAACAUUGUCAUUAAACAAAGCCGGUUCAAUCGUACAGGAAUGCGUUAAAAAAUAUCCAAAAAGUUCACCAUUUCUAUUUAUGGCAUGUCAGCAAGCCAGAAAGACCGGACAAAUAAAAGAAGCAUUAAAUCACAUAACAAAUGGAAUAUAUAGCUGUGAAAUGAUUGGAGUAACAAGUACAAAUUAUAGAUUUGAAAAGGGGAUGACAUACCUAAUAAAUCUUGAUUUUACAGCAGCAAAAGACAUAUUUGAGUUAUUAUUUUAUGGUAAUACAAUAGUAUUUACAGGUAAAAAUGGAUCCAUAAGGCUUCAUGGAUCUAUUCGUGGAUCAAUACAUGGAUCUUCACGUUUGCUUUCAAAGGAUGGAAGUACAAAGAAAGAUAAUUCAUUAUUGAAAUUCUUUGAAUUUGAAUUAAGACCAUUUUGUGGAUUAUGUUUAGCAGGAUGUUAUCUUAUUCUUAAAUCAAGUCAAAUAGCUAUGAAAGAAGCUUUGGAUGUCCUUAAACAAACAAAAGCUAUGACAAAUCAAAAUAAUGAAAACAAUAGCAUAACAAAUAGUAUUGGAUUAUUAGGCACAAGUGCAAGCGGAUUGGUUGGAUUUGGAGUAGGAGGAAAUAAUAAUUCUGAUAAAAAAGAACCAAAAACCAAUAGAUAUAAUAAAUUUGCCGGACGCCAUUCUGCUAAAGAUGUAGAAAAUAAUUCGGUUACUCCAUUUUUAAUAUUUAUUAUAUUAUAUUUAAGAAGAGACAUUUUUUAUAUGCCUUUGGAAUUAAAAAAGAGAUGGGCAAAUUUAUUAGAAUCCACUUGGAAAAAUUAUGAUAAAUCCAUCGAUCCAGAUACUAACGCUGUAUAUCUACUUAUUCGUGGAAUAUUUGAAAAAUUCUUAAAUCAAGAUGAUCCUACAAUAGCACAAAAAACACUGUGUGAAUGUUUAUCGUUGGAAACCGGUAUUGUUUCAGAGACAUGGGUUAUUCCACAUUGUAGAUACGAGGUAAAAUAUUGUUUAUUUAUUUGUAGGUUUAUUUGUUUAUUUUACUAAUUUACAGAUUCUAAUCGAUUCAAUAGCUUGGCGAAUUAUUUUAUAAACAAUUUGGCAAUCAAGAAGCGGCAACGGAACAAUUUAGAUGGAUAUUAAAAGGUCCGAGACCAAUAUCACGUGGUGGUGGAUUAAUAUCACGUCGAGAUAGUAUAGCAUCAAUAGCUUCUAGAGCAUCAAUUGAUUCUAAUUCAUCAAGUUACGGAAAUAGUAACCCUGAUAGAUUUAAAAAAUAUGAAUUCUCAAAGGUUCUUAAAAAUCGUUGUACUGUUGCAACUGAUCAAAUAAGAGCAAACAUUAUACAACCAACAAACAUUCUUAAUAAUAGCAAGUUCGAACAACCACCAUCUUCAAUUCCUCUUUAUCAUAGUCGAAAGAAAUCCGGUUCGAGUUCAAGUUUAUUAAAAGAGAUACAAGAACAAUCUCUAUUACAAAAACAUCAUCGGAGACAAUCUUCUACUGAUAUUAAAGUUGGAACUCCUACUAA